UAACUUUUUAAAUUUUUUUAGACCAACAAUUGUUAACAAAAAACACAUGUGAUCCAACUAUUAUUAAAUCAAUAUGUCAUCUUGGCAAAAUUACAAUAAUCAAAACCAAGAAAUGGUUGAUAAAUUUACAAGGCUAGCCAUCAUUACAUCCAAGGAAGUAGAAAAUGCCUUUCGUUGUGUCAGUCGUGCUGCUUUUGUUUCAAAAGGUAUGCUUGCAGAAGCAUUUGUGGAUGCUCCAAUACGGGGUGUACCACAUAUCCACAUGUCUGCACCUCAUAUGUAUGCAGCUGUUCUGGAAGAUCUUGAACUUGAACCAGGCAUGUCGUUUUUGAACAUUGGAAGUGGUACAGGUUAUUUUUCUUGUCUCGCUGGAUACAUAAUUAAACAUCAUGGCAUAAACCAUGGUAUUGAAUUGCAUGAAGACCUUUUCGAGUUUUCAAAGGAACGCAUCAACGAUUUUUUAUCAAAUGGUCCAGUGGAUGCCAAGGAAAUUUGCCCUCCUGUUCUUCUUACUGGAAAUUGUUUCCAGCUUGAUCCUGGUCAACUUAAAUAUGACAGACUGUACUGUGGAGGGGCUUGUUCUCAAUCAACAAUAACUUUUUUUCUGGAAUUUUUGAAAGUUGGAGGUUUCUUAAUAGCACCAGUUGGGACAAAGUUAAUCAAACUGGAACGUGUUUCUCAUAAGGAAGGCGUAAAAACUGUCAUAAGUGAUGUAUGUUUUGCGUAUUUGACUCGCAUGGAGCCAAAGGAUGUAACCAAACUUCGACAUGGACUGUUACCACUUAUCCAGUUCCCUAUUAAGCUGAAAAAACCAAAAACUAAGAAAACAAUAUUUUUAAAACCGAAUUUCUCAGUGAGCAAUAGCCCUGCUAGGAAGAAAUUGUCGCGACUAAGAGCAAUUCAGCACAUACUGGACUGUUUAGAAGAAGACGGCCAUAUACCUCCUGCUUUAUGUUAUGUUCCACAGCGUGAUCAAAUAAAUGCAUACAAACAGUACAAGAGAGUUAUAGACUGUCAAACUCUUGCGAUGAUUCCUACUGAAAAUGAAAGCCCAAACAAAACAAAUGUUUCAGCCUCAAACCCUAUUUCUCCUGUUCAAACUAUUGAGGAAUCAACACAACUUUUAUCUUCUUUAUCAAGAACUGCUCCAAACCCACUUAUGACAAUACAAGAGUUUCUUUUAGCUGCAUCCCCACCUACCGUGUUUAACGAACUCUUUGGAAUGUCACGAACUGAGUCAUCGACUCGCAAUGAGAACAGAGAGGAGGGAACAUUUCUAGGUCCUAGAUUGACUUCAAGAGAUCAUAAUUUAGACCACACUGCAAGGUUAAAUGAAAGUGUCUUGGAUAUUUUAUCUCAGCAAGCAAUACCUUCAGCCAGAGAUAAAAUGCAUAUUAAUGAAUUUGAAAUUGGUGAAAAAAUUGCCAAUAAUAUUUGGGAGCAUUUAUGUUUUGACAAACUUUGGGAGAGUGUUGUGGAUUAUUAUUAUUCUGUUUGUUCGACGACAAAUGAGCGUCGAAAAAAGUGCUUUGAGCUAAAAGGUGUGGAAAUUGUAAAUCCUAAUGCUGCUAAAAAACUUGUAAAGAUGUUUAAGUUGAAAACGAAAAAGGUUAAAAUUAAUAAAAAGCAUGAUACAUUGAAUACAAAUGACAAUAAUAUAAACAUAUUUCCAGAAGUAUUGGGAGGUUGUCAAUUAAACAUUCCUGCGGAUGAAAAAAUGUGUAAGAAUCAAAUUGAAAAGUACGUUAUUAGCACGGAAGCGUCUAUUUGUGAAGAUGUCAAGAAAUGUGUGGACGGUUUGAUUGAUAAAAUUUGUGCAACAGAAGAAAAUUGUGAUAAUUCGGUACAUACUUUAAGUGGGAGUACUGAUAACAUAUAUUCUUCUUCCACCAGUUUGGAAGAUACAACUUUUGAUGACUCUUUGCAAAGUUCACCAUUGAAAUCUUCAUGUGAAAAUAAAUCAAGUCGAUAUGUUGAUAUCCAAACUGAUGACGAAACGUCAAGUCUUUUAUCUCAUGUUGGAAGUAAAGAUUGGACAAUUGAUCACGAUGUUCAGUUAAUUUCGUUCUUAGUAAGCUAUGAUAAAGAAAAAGAAAAUUUAUCACUGAGGGAUUGUGUACCAAAAGUUAUCACCUUGGAUAUUUUUGAAAAAGGGAAAUUGCUAAAAUUUCCUCUUCUUUCAUCAUUUCAACCAACGACACUUGGAUACCGAAGUAUAGCACUCCUUAGAGUCGCCAAAAUACUGGACAAUGUUUUAGAUGCGUUAGUUGGGCCUACGCUGGAGAGAAAUCAGUUCCACAAUCCUUUUGUAGAACGUUAUCCACUGCCUUCCUUCACUGCCGCGUCGUUUGAAGUGUCUGACAGUCAGUUGAAUGUAUUGGAAGCGCAAAGCUACAAAAAGGCAGCUUCUUUGAAAGAAGACGAAGAUGACGAGAUAGUGUACUUGAAGGCAAAAACUUCACAAGACGAAGAGUUGUUAAAAGAAGUGAAUUCCAUGAUCUGUUACGAAAUGAGCAACAUUAAAGACCAACAAUUGAUACUAACUCGUAAACUUGAAUUGAUUGAUAAUAUUGAUGAACAGUACAAAGAACAAAUAAAACUGCUGAAUCAGCAGGUUGAUUUGAUAGAAGAACAACAAAGACUUUUGUUUGAGGUGAAUAUCAGUUGUAACGAGCAUAUUUCUAAUCAACUUUCUCGUUCACAACAAAUUGUAGCUGAACGAAAGCAGCAACGACAAUCGCUGCUGGCUAAACGAGACAAAAUAUCUACGGAUAGGUCCUUUCAAUUAGCAGAAAGAAAAGAACUGCUAAGCAUGCUGGAGCAACUUUUAUCUUUAGAAACAAGACUAAAGAAUGAACUUCAGAUGUUGGGCAAAAAAGGAAUGGGAUAUUUGCGUGGGCACGGGAGUGAACUGUCCCAUUUUUCUUCAUUUGUACGAAGAGCUGAAAGCAUCUUGCAGCGAUUAAAAGCUACCAACUCGAAUAUGAACAAUAUUAUGAACAAUAAAGAUACAAUUGACACUGAAAAACCUAUAGACGAUAAAAAUAAGACAUUUUCCAGAUAUCAACCUGAAACAAUCCUUCCAAGGUGUCGAUUUUUACUGCCCCUAUCAAAAAAGAGGUACGCUUACAUCAAGGAAAUGUUGAGGACGACGGAACGUCCAUCUCCACGUCAUAUGCCCGUCAUCAGUGUAGAUCGACGAACUCCACUAUCAGAACGAAAUGCACAUGACAUCGACGACACUGUGUUCAUGCAAGUUUAUCAUGGCUUGAAGAAGAAAGAUCUUCAUUAUAGAUGGAAUAAAAAGUCAUAUGAGCAGUGGUGGGAAGUGAAGUUCAUAGGCGAGGGUAUAAUUGACCAAGGUGGAGGAUUUCGAGACAGUCUGACAGAAAUGUCAGAUGAACUCUGUCCUGCAGAUUCAAGCGUAAAAGACUGUCUACAUUUGUUUAUCAAGACACCAAAUCAAAAAACAAAAAUUGGAGAAUACCUGGACUGUUAUACCUUGAACCCUCAAUGCAAAGACUUUUAUCUUUAUCACUGGUUAGGUCAACUCAUGGGAGCUUGCUUUCGGACAGAUGAAACUUUACCUCUAUCUCUGUCUCCGCUAAUCUGGAAGAUGUUAGUUGGCGAACAAGUCUACUGGAAGAAAGAUUUCAUUCAAAUUGAUGAAGUAGCUGUCAGAAAUAUCGAUGGUUUGGAAAAUUUGGAUCCUGAUGCAUACAUGGGUUUAAAUGUUGAGCAAACAUACUCCACUGUACUUAGUGAUUCUUCACAAGUUGAAUUAAUUGAGGGUGGGUCGAACAUCGUGGUCAAGUGUGAUGAACGCGCUAAAUAUUCGCUGUUGGUUCGAAAAGCAAGAUUGAUGGAAUGCUGUGAACAGGUGAAGGCGUUACGCAAUGGAUUGUUGCUUGUAAUUCCAGAAGCGGUGCUUUCAUGUUUGACGUGGAGAAAUUUAGAAAGAGGAAUUUGCGGUGACAAUUUAAUUAGUGUUGCUGACCUAAAAGCAAACUGUCGUUAUGGUGACAACUUGCAGUCUUCGAGUCAAUGCGUUUUACACAUGUGGACUGCGUUGGCUAGUUUUACAGAUGAAGAAAGGAGUAGAUUUAUCCGAUUUGUGACUGGUCGUAAACGCCUUCCAAGUGCGUUUGUUGUGUCGCGCUCAUCUGUUGAUAAAGACAGCCUACCAAGUGCAACGACGUGUGGUAGCAAUUUAUUCUUACCAGACUAUUCAAGUAGUCAAAUAGCGAAGGAAAAAUUAAGAUACGCCAUUUACAAUUGUGUUUCCAUAGAUACAGAUACAAGCCCGUGGUAAUAUUUCAUGUUGUGUUUUUCUUCAAACGUUUGUUUCAUGAGGGCUUGGACAUCUGCGUUUCGCGCAACUUCAUAGGAUACAGGCUUGGACAUGUGCGUUUCGCGCAAAUUCAUAGGAUGCAGGCUUGAACAUGUGCGUUUCGCGCAACUUCAUAGGAUGCAGGCUUGGACAUCUGCGUUUCGCGCAACUUCAUAGGAUACAGGCUUGGACAUCUGCGUUUCGCGCAACUUCAUAGCAUGCAGGCUUGGACAUCUGCGUUUCGCGCAACUUCAUAGCAUGCAGGCUUGGACAUCUGCGUUUCGCGCAACUUAUAGUGUAAUUACUUUACCAACAAGCGAAGGUGUAAUAUAUAGGAGUCAGAUUAAAUUGUUAUUUUAUUACGAUCAGAUUUUUUUUUAAAUUUUUGUUUCUUUAAAAAUUUA